UAAAUACCAAGUCUCAUAGUCCUAUUAUCAUAUGUACAUUCCUUUCCUUUUCUUUUUCUCUCUGUUCUGUUCUGUUCCGUUCCGUUCUGUCUAUUGCUAGCUUUCUGCAAAAAGAAAGAACCAAACAUGGGGGCUCUUGAUUAUAUUUCAAACUUUUGCACUUUCACCAGCACAAGGAGGAAACGCAAACCAAUGCAGACUGUUGAAAUCAAGGUUAAAAUGGACUGCGAUGGCUGUGAAAGAAGAGUGAAACAUGCUGUUACCUCCAUGAAAGGAGUAAAAACUGUUGAAGUAAAUCGAAAACAAAGCCGUGUAACGGUGAGCGGCUACGUUGAUCCGAACAAGGUGCUAAAGAGAGUGAUGAGCACCGGAAAGAGAGCAGAAUUCUGGCCUUAUAUCCCUCAACAUCUAGUUUAUUAUCCUUAUGUUUCUGGUGCCUACGACAAAAGGGCACCCGCCGGCUUUGUUCGAAAUGUUGUUCAAGCUUUUCCUGCUUCAAAUGCACCAGAAGAGAAUUUCGUAUCUUUCUUCAGCGAUGAUAAUGUUCAUGCUUGUUCAAUAAUGUAAGGAGAAUAAUUUAAUUUGCGAAAUAUAUAUUGUAAUAGGGUGAAAUAAUACAGUUGAUGAUGAAUUUUUGAACAUUAUAUAUGUACUAUUUUAUUCAACGAUUUUUGUACGAUAUUUAUGCUUUGCCAGUAGCUUGAAUUAG